GAGGGACCUCUCAGCACCGCCUCCCGCCAGCUGUGUUCUUGAAGAGUUCCUACCACGUGCUUACUUUAUGUGAUUAGAAGUCCAAAGGUUGAGUGAUAGUGAGCACUGCUGGGCAAAAUGUCUUUACUGAGUACUGGACAAAUGAAGAGAAAAUGGGAAGAAAGAUUGAAGAAUGUUGAUGAACUAGCAUCUCGAUAUAAAAGAAAGCCACUUUGCCCUGUUUACAGGCCACAGCUGUCCAAACCAUGGCAACCGUGCUCUGUUUGGAAUCUGUUUCGUCGACAAGCUCAAGCUUUUAACUAUGCAAAAACCUGUAAGGAGGAUGUUCAUGUAUUUGCUUUGGAAAUGAACACAGAAGAUGGACAAAGGUAUUAUCUUGUGACAACAUAUACAGAGUUUUGGUUUUAUUACAACAAAGAACAUAAAACAAGUCUUAUGCAUUGCUAUGAAGUUAUUCCUGAAAAAGCUGUUUGCAAACUGUAUUUUGAUUUGGAGUUCUAUAAACCAGUGAAUCCUGAAGCUGAUGGCAAGAAGAUGAUUGCAAAGUUAAUUGAGCUUGUUAGUAAAAAGCUGGAAAAACUUUAUGGAGUUAAAUGUUCAGUUGAAGAUGUCUUGAACUUAGAUUCCAGCACUGAUGAAAAAUUUAGCCAUCACUUAAUAUUUCUGCUUUACAAGACAGCAUUUAAGGAUAAUAUUCAUGUUGGUAAUUUUGUGAAAACAGUUUUGCAACCUGCUCUUGUUUUAACUGAAAAUAAAGCUGAUGCUCUGGUUCUAGAAGACGGAGCGGACAGUGUUGCUUCCCAGUCUUCCAAAGCAACAGUUGAAAUAGAUGGUACUGUUGUAAGCCUUGGUGCAGCGAAGGAGGCUUCUGGGAAAUGGCAAUCUAAUAUGCACAAAACGCUGGAAAAUGGAAAACUGCAACAGAAAGAUAAUCCCAAUCUUUCCUUUCUAGUUGUGAAUGAUAAGGAGGGAGGCAAGCAACUUGUCGUCGAUCUGGGAGUUUAUACAAAGAAUAGAAAUUUCCGGCUGUAUAAGUCAUCAAAAGCAGGAAAGCUUUUUGCGACUUUGAAAAUAGCUGAAGAUAACAAGUUUGUUCCUAAACCCAAAAAGAAUAUUUCUGUUGAGGAGCAAUAUUUCCUUUCCUCUUUGGUCUGUAAUGUUAGGUUCUCAGAAAUUGAAAGAGCCCUAACUUGUGACAACCCAGAAGGGAAGGAAAAAAUGCCUAAACAAACAGACUGGAGAGUUGCCAGUAGCACUUCAGAUCCCAUAGAAGGAUAUCAAUAUUCACCCUAUCCAGAAAUUGAUUGUUUUGUCCUUUCUUUAGUUAAUAAAGAGGAUAAUCAUGGAGGGAUACGACGAUGGAAUUAUUUUUCCUUGGAAGAACUCCUUGUUUAUGACAUAUCCAGAUAUCGCUGGUGUAAAAAUAUUGGAAGAGCCCACAAAAGUAACAAUAUAAUGAUUCUGGUAGAUCUAAAAAAAGAAGUUUACUAUCAAAAAUGUUAUGACCCUGUCUGCAGAGCUAAAAACUUCAAAUCAGAAAGUAUUCCAUUACCCCCUGAGAUAUGUCUCCCUUUUCUUUUCAAAGAGGAAGAAUAUGUACUUUUUAUGGAUGAGUGUGGGAACAUAGAAGAAAAAGCAAAAUCACCUAACCUUACAGACUUCUCAGAAAGCACAUCAUUAAGGAUACGUCAAGAAAAUAAGGAGUCUCCUGACAAGCUCUGUUCAAAUACAGAAUGGGACAAUGUGACUGAUGAGGCCUAUUUUCUGGAAGCUAUUGAGGAUGCUGAACUUGCAGAAGCUGCAGACAAAAGUCUGACCAAGCAGAACUGUGACCUGGAAGAAAUACCCGAUGAGCUGCUCAUAGAGGUUUUAAGAAAACAAGAAGUUUGUGGUAACAAGAGGCCAAGGACUGAAUAG